CUGUUGACGAUCCGAAUAAGAACAAUCAUGACUACUGGCAGUAGUAAGCAAUAAUUCAAACCGCCUUGUACUGUUUUGGAAUCCGUCGGUUUCAAGAUGACGUAACUGGACAGGAAAACCCCUGAUGGAUUCCGAUUGCCGCAAGCGGUGGAUAUCAUAUCUCCAUCGCACUUCAUCUUCAAAGGAGAGCAAUCCUCGAAAUUUAUUAUUUCCCUGGACUGCCUUGCCGGACACUCUUGGUUUCUUUCGAUGUUGGGAGAUCCUCAUCCGGCUGGCUGCUAGGUACCUAACAAUACCUAACCUAACCUAACUAACGCAUCACUCAAGGUCGCGUGAAAGCCGCCCGCCCCGCAUUCCAUUUCUGAUAAGAACUUAUCGGCCCCUCCUCCAUCUGAGACUGUCCCUAUAAGCCUCUUGCGCCCUUGUGGGAGCCAUUUCAGAGAUUAGAAAUAUUUCUUUCUGGAUCUACUCACUAUGUUCGGGAUAGUUGCGGACUUUCUAUCGUCCGUUAUCAGUAUUUUGUUCCCUGCCUUUGCUUCAUACAAGGCCAUUCGCACAGCGGAUCCCAGGCAGCUGGCACCAUGGCUGAUGUACUGGGUUGUGCUGACUGGGGUUCUGCUCGCUGAGUCUUGGACGGUUUUUAUCAUCGGAUGGUUCCCGUUCUACAGUUGGAUCCGUUUAGGAUUUAUGGCCUACCUCGUUCUUCCUCAGACACAAGGAGCUCGCGUUUUAUACCAAGAAUACGUUGAGCCAUUUUUGGAGCACCAUGAGCGUGAGAUCGAUGAGUUUAUAGGUCGCUCUCAUGAGCGUGCCAAAGCAGCCGGACUGCAAUAUUUCUACCAGCUCGUUGACCUGGUCCGGGAGAAGAUUCUCGGCCUCCCCCCUCAGCAACGAGCAGCCAACGUCGCUCCCCCCCCUCCUCCUGGUGCUGCAGGCUACGCUCAAUCGCUCAUCUCUCGCUUCAACCUCCCCGCAGUGGCGGCCAGCAGCCUGUCGGCGCCUGCAACCGAUUUAUACUCUGUUCUGAGCUCAGCCGUCGCGACUGUCACCUCUACCGGAAAGAGCCGGGAUGUGCAAGUCGAGGAACUGAGCGCCAGCGGGACUCUCCUGCCGCGAGAGGUCGCUUCGCUGUCGCCUGCAGAGAAGGCCAAGUUCAUCGCGACGCAGCGAGAACGACUGGACGUGCUCCGUACAGCUCUAGCACGAGAGGAGAAGAACCUGGGGAAUGACAACCUAGCCGAACCAGACGAGGACCUUGCGUACGGCUCUGCUGCGGGCCUGCGGAAGAACCUCAGCAGCAAUUCGUUCGAUCAUAUUUCGCGGGACGAUCUCAGUGUUUCGAAUGGCACGCGGGAUCCUUCCCGGAGUCGUUCUCGCUCUCCUGCCGCGAGAGAAAGGACGCCCAGUGGUGGCUGGACGACGGGAUGGUUUAACGGGGUAUAUCGAACGACAUCUGGUGAAUCUCCUGCGGCGAAGUCUUCGGGUGUGGAUAGGUAGAUAGAUCGCCUGUAUCAGUGACACGGAGUGAACUUCAGAGACAUUUUUCUUUUCUUUCGCCUUUUCUAAUUCCUUAUCUUUGUUGUAUACACUUCUUCCCUAGAAAUAGGGAUAAAAAAAAAAGGCUGUAGUUAGCUUUCUAGAGAAUCCAAGCUUUUGUUCGAUGGGUGGCAUUGAUAGAAUAUCAACAAUAAUGGAGAUAUGAAGCAGUUCC